GACGACCUUCUUCAUCUCUAACGAAUUAACAACAAAUUCGCCCAAUCCUAUCAUCACGAUGUCGCAUGACGCGGUGUACUACUCCCGCCCACGCACCUAUGGCAAAGGCUCGCGCAGCUGUAUCGUAAACGGCGAAAAAAAGAAGUCGGGUCUCAUUCGCAAGUACGGGCUUAAUAUGAGCCGUCAAGCGUUCCGCGAGAAGGCGGCGGACAUGGGUUGGGUCAAGUACCGUUGAAGCAUUAUAUGAGACAAGCUUGGUGUGAUUCAUUGUAUCUCAGCCAUCCAUCUAGCCGUAUCACAAUCUAUCCAGUCCACAUGCAAA